AUGGACUGCCAAGAGAGCGAGUACCUGGAUGAGCAUGGGAAAUGUAUCCCCUGCAGAAACUGCAUGCCCGGGCAGGAGCUUUCCAAGGACUGUGGCGAUGGCAGCGGGGGGGAUGCGCAGUGCGUUGCCUGCCCUCCCAGGAAGUUUAAGGACAUUUGGGGGCAUCAUGGCUGCAAGCCCUGCCUGUCCUGCACCCUCAUCAACCGCGUCCAGAAGUCCAACUGCACGGCAACGACCAACGCGAUCUGUGGGGAAUGCCUGCCGGGGUUUUACCGCAAGGCGCGGAUCAGCGGGCAGCUGGACUGGGAGUGCAUCCCUUGCACCAAGCAGACGCCCUCCUCUGAGCCUCAGUGUCGGUCCAGAACAAACCUGGUGAAGGUAGCCGUCCCGACCGUACCGCCGCAGGACACGGCCCUUCUUGCACUGACCAGCAGUGCCCUGGUCAUCAUCGUACUGGUGCUUCUGGCACUCUCAAUCAUCUACUGCAAGCGGUUUUGGAAGAGCCAGUGCCAGCGAGUCUUCCUGAGGACUCAGAACUUCUCGGGCCAGCGAGCAAUGUUCCCGACCGCAGCAGUGCCCGGCAGAUUCCUGUGUGAGGAGCAGAUGUCUGGUCCCUGCUGCCUGGGUGUGAAGAACCUGAGCCCCUGCUACAGGCAGGCAGAAGGCCCCGUGGAAGCGGUGCAGUUCACUUCAGAUGUGGAAGCCGUGGGUCUCCAGCUCCCCUCUCUCCAGCCGGAGAUGGACUUGCCGCCGGCCGUCGUGGUCGGCACUGCCUCCAAAGCCCAGCUGGGCAGGAGCCUCCUGGAAAGCCAGCCCCUCAUCCGGGCCUCGGGCCGCGGUGACUGCCUGGCUGGGGUCCUGCCACCCUCCAACCCCAGGCAAGGCCAGCCAGGCACGGUGGAGGCCCUGGCCCCCCUCUCCUCCUGCGCCUCCGAGAUGCAGCACAAGUGGCCGCACACCCCGGUGGAGUGCACCGAGCUGGACCUCCAGAAGUUCUCCACCCAGGCAGAGUUUGUGGGCGGCGAGCGGCCAGAGGAUGCGGCGAGCCGGGCAGCGCAGAGGAUCCCGGCAGAGAGCGGUAGUGCAGGGCAGGAGGGGAGAGAUGGGCUUAACAGCUUAGCUCCAGUGACAGGCGUUGCUGUUCUCACCAGACUGCCACCAACCUUGGGGUCUUUGUCUUGCCAGGUGGGUGAUGCCCAGAGCCUCGUGACUCAGAUCAGCAGCACGGCGAAGGGUCUCCCAGUAGCAGAGCUGCCCCAUUCCUUGGUGCAGUCACUUGCCUUCUUGUUGGACCCUUCCUUGAAUGGUGUGAAGAACUUCAGCCACGUGGCGCUGGAGCUGGGGGUCGCGCCCCAGUUGCUGGGACGGAUAUCUGGAUUUGAGCAGCUCGUCGCUCACUUCACCUACGCAGGAGGCGCGGUCACCAUCCCACUCCUGGCCCAAGCUCUGCAGCGGCUCCAGCGGUUCGAUGCCUUGCUCCUGCUCUGCGACCACUUCGCACUCAGCCAGGCUCAGGGCUGCCAGCGCUAGAGAGGACAGGGAAGGGACGGAGGAAGCUCCAGGCACUGUGUAUACUGGUACGGGAGAGGAUCCGGUAGCCCUGCGGUCACGUAAUCUCUCUGGCGUGCACGUGGGGAGUACGUGGAGAUGGUCUUUGCACCGUGGAAUAGAAGGACGCGAGGGGAAGCGUCCCUCCUCGGGGGAGCGCUGGGAGGCUGCAGCCGUGCUUUCUCCCAGCCUCCAUACGGGAGGGUUCGCUCAGGCCCCUCCAGAGGCCAUUUUUCUCUGGCUGUGUUGACACCCUUGUCUGGCAGCAGAGUGUCGUCAGUCGCUGUGCCGCCUGUGCCACGGUGCUCUCACUCUGCAGUGAGCCCCAUGCUGUUGGCGUGGGGUCCCUCGGCCACAGGGCUCAGUCUCCACAGGCAGCCACCCUCCUACGGGCCCUCCCAUUCCAGCUUUCCCGUCCUUUGUCUGGCCCGUGCUCCGCUUUCCCAGGUGCCAGUUGCCACUUUCCCAGUUUACUUUUUGCUCGCUCCUCUCCCUCUGUGCCGGAGACGGUCCUCGGCAGAGGAUCUGGCUGUGGCUGCUGCGCCGGGCUCCAGCCUUCGGUCUCCCUGUGCCACCCUGGCGCCUUCCCCUUCAUGUCCUUUUU